AUGCCGAGCAAGACACUAUCGCCGUAUGAGCAGGUACCCGAGACCAAGACCGAUUUGGAUUGGGCGGAGCUAGUCACACUGGAUCUCGGCCUCUUUGACCAGGAGGGAGGGAAACAGGAGCUCGUGAAGCAGCUGGAGUAUGCUGUGCAGCAUUUCGGCUUCUUCUACGUCAAGAACUUUGGCAUUAGUCAAGAGGAAGUGGACAGGCAGUUUGCCUUGGGUCGGGAGUUCUAUAAUCUGCUACUUGCAGAGAGGUUGAAGUAUCACAAUAUCAAAGACCUGGAAAAUCGAGAGUACAAUGGCUACAGGCCUGCUGGGAAAGGGCAGACAAUCCGCGACAACGUACAGGUCUAUAAGCUACCCAAGUUCGAUGGCUAUCACAAACGUGCCCAGCCUCCUGUCCUUCAAGACAAUAUCGCAGAGAUCGAAGACUUUAGCCGCAAAUGUCAUGAUCUCGUGGUUGUCAAGCUCCUCAGACUCUUCGCUCUACUCCUGGAGCUAUCAGACGAGUAG